AACAAAAAACAAUACCACAAAAACACCAGCAUCCCCUCGACCUUAUCGCCAUCAUAUCGCUCGAAGCCAUACACAACAAAGCUGAAACCCAAACCCCUCCUCCUCCUCCUCCUCCUCCUCCGUCAAUGGCGGCUUCCUUCACCUCCAUCGCGAUCGUGCGCCCGACGGCCGCCACCGGCGGGUCGAGAAGCUCCGGUUGUCCUCCUCUUCUGAGCCCUUCGCACGCUUCCCUGGGCCUCCGUAAGAGCCCCUGGCUGCGUCAGUUCAUCUCGCCCUUCUCCAUCUCACCCGCUUCCCCAGCCAAAGCCCGCUACGCCAUUUCGCCUCGUGCCGAAUUGAAGGAAGCUGAGGUGCAGUCUAAAGUCACCACCAAAGUGUACUUCGACAUAAGUAUUGGGAAUCCGGUGGGGAAGGAUGUGGGGAGGAUUGUGAUAGGGUUGUUCGGGGAUGAUUGCCCCCAGACCGCAGAAAAUUUUCGGGCUCUUUGCACAGGUGAGAAGGGCUUUGGGUACAAGGGUUCUGCAUUUCAUCGUGUCAUCAAGGACUUUAUGAUCCAAGGAGGAGACUUCGACAAGGGAAACGGAACUGGUGGUAAAAGCAUAUAUGGCCGCACAUUCAAAGAUGAGAACUUCAAGUUGUCUCAUUUGGGACCUGGAGUGGUUAGUAUGGCGAAUGCAGGGCCCAACACCAAUGGGAGCCAGUUCUUCAUUUGCACUGUCAAGACACCAUGGUUGGACCAGAGGCAUGUUGUUUUUGGUCAAGUCUUGGAGGGGAUGGAUGUGGUGAGGUUGAUCGAGUCACAAGAGACCGAUCGUGGUGAUCGUCCCAAGAAGAGAGUCGUCAUCAGCGACUGUGGUGAGCUUCCCAUGGUCUAAAACAAAAAAGAGCAGGUUGACAAUGUUAUGCCUUGACAUCUGAUGAGGGGUUGGUUACCUGCUUAUUUUGCCGGCUAUUGUAUGUGGAGGUAUCUAAGCAGUGACUUAAAUGAUCCUUUGCUGUUUGUUCUUUGGGUUUCAAAAGUAAACUAAAUGAGACUUAAUAAUAAUUGGAAAACUGUAUCGAUUGUUUGGGAAAGAUCAUCAUAUGGAGAAAAUUUGCUACUUGAUCUGUUAA